UAUCUUUAGAUUUUAUGAACGAUAUGUCGAAAAUAAUUCUUAAAAGUAGUCUGGCUUACGUAGUCGAUAAGAAAAAUUAUGUGACAGCUGUUAAAGGUCCGAACGACUGUUAAUGAUUUUUAAUUGUUGAGAAAAUGUUGAAUUUCACAGAGGAAAACGCAAUGCCUACAACAAAAGAGGAAGUUAACCAACUUAUUGCAUCUCAUAGCAUUGUGAUAUUUUCUAAAACAAGUUGUCCAUUUUGCAAAAUGGCUAAACAAGUAUUUCAUAAUUUGCAAAAAGAAUAUACUGCUAUCGAACUGAAUGAAAGGAAUGAUGGAGAUGAAAUUCAAAGUAUAUUAGGAGAAAUGACUGGAGCUAGAACAGUACCUAGGGUAUUUGUAAAUGGAGUAUGUUUAGGAGGUGGAACAGAUGUAAAGAAACUUUACGAAACAGGAGAAUUACAAAAAAUGUUUUAAUAUUACUUCUGUUGCUUAUAUUCUUAUUACUAUUACUAUUUAUAUCAUAAUUUUAUAUAUUCAUUAUUAUAUUGUUAAUUUUAUUAAAUAAAUAAAAACAAAUAACAAAGAAUAUAA